CAAGGGGUCUCCUUCGAUCACCCUUCAAAGCAGCCGGUUCUAAUGAACUCAUCGACAGCUUCUCAAGCUGACCCUGCCUAACGUCGUCGACCGAAUGAACAAAUUUCGUGCGUGCCUCUUGCCACGAGCAUCGGAAUGCCGUAAUAGAGGCUGUAUGCGGAAUAUCAGAACACCUACGAGAGGCCUGUUCGUCGCUGGGGCAUGGCUGGAACGACGAUCUGCUUCGAGGAACUUCGAAACGAGGGUGGAGAACGAUUUGCAAGCAUGGGCUGUUUUGGUACUCUUUGAAAAGAAAAAUAUUUAAUUCAUUCGUGUAUAUGGGAGUUAGACAGAACUGGGGACAAAUAAAGAGAGAUGAGAAUAAUUUAUAACUUUACACUAAAUUUAUGAGUGUGACUAUAAGAUGGAUGUCACAAUGAUUACGGCGGUAAGUGCAAGAAGAAAGAAAUGAAGAAAAUGUUAUAGGAAAUGUGAGUGAAUAUAAUAAUGAGCAAUGUUUUUAAAAAAGACAAUUAUUUUUAUAAAAUAAAAUUCCUAACAACUUCGUAACAAUAUAAAUAAUUUUCAGUUCCCCUCAGCCAUCCAGUGCUUCCAUACCUGGUGAAAGAAAUCGUCGAUAAAAGCGCCCGGAACCCCCAUUCGAUUUUGCCUCGUACCAUUGUUUUCAUAUCUCUAACCGUUUCCAUGGCACAGCCCAGGCUCGGCGGUCCAUCCUAUACAUGAAGGGUAUUAAGCAAGGAAGAAUCGCGAAGGAUACGACGAAAAAAUGUUUAUCAGGGUUGCUUUGGAUGAUACGGGGCAACAGCGACUGGCUCACAGGAAACCCUCGAGCAUUGUGUGCGGAGUUUCCACAGGGUAGGAGGAUUCAUGAGAUGAAGUUCGUUCUGUCAGUACUGGCUGUUCUGGCCCUGGCCGGCUCCCUGAACGCCCGCGCUGUGCACGUCACAGUUCCAAGCACAGGCACAGGUGCACUCGCCAAGGAAAUGCAGGACUUCAUGGACCUAAUACCAGUGGAUCGCGUGAUGGCGGUUCUCAGAGCCUACGCAGCCCAAGACAAGGAAUUCCAAAUCGUCAUAAAACUCGUAGACUCCAAGGAAACGGUAAUGUACAUCGAAGAGCUUGAAGCCCACCCUGCGGCGAAGGAUCUAAUGAACUACAUGCAGAACGCUGGACUCGACAUCUAUUUAUUAGUAAACAAAUUGAACGCGGCACUUGGAAUUGAACCCAUCACUCCUUUUGCUUUCCACAAGAUCACAGGUGGACUUGAUGGUUUAGCGAUAGACCUCAAGGCUACAGUUCCAAUUAAACAGAUGGAGGAUUUGUUGGAGAGCAAAAUGGUGAAAUCCCCAGUGUUUGCCGCUUUCGUUAAGGAGGUAGGCUCUCCUAAAUACUUCGACUUGUAUGACAACGUUUAUACGAACCAACACGUGGUAAACAUUGCGGAACAGGCCAAACAGGCUGGCAUUGAUAGUGCUAGAUUAGAAAUGGACUACGUGAUCUGGAUUAUCUUCAGACAACUUCUGAAACUACACUUGUAACUUUUUACUGUAUUU